AUGAGACAACUCAUUAGUCUCAUCGUCUUCUUAGUCUUAUCUUUAGUGGUCGGAGAGAAUGGGUUCAUACAUGCUUAUUCUGGAAUAUGGAGUUCUACAGGGCAAAGUUUAACAAGUUAUAAAAGUUUAGAAAAGCGGAUGAAUAAUGUUGUCGGUCAAAGUAAUAGAGAUAUAAUCAAGGCAUCAAUAACAACGUCAUAUGAUGCCCAUCCGACAAUACAUAGAGCAACGUUAAAAAAGGCCUCGACUGGGUCGAGCGCUUCUAAAAGUAAUAUGUUAAUAAAUAUAAAUAAAAAAAUAUCAAGUUCUAAUGCCCCUUCUCCCACGACCACUAAAAGAGCGUUCCCUGAAAAUAAAGUGGACGAUUACGUAAGAGCUCGAGCCGUCUCACCCGAUAUUCCACUACCUAACCUUCAACCUAAUAGUCAAUCUAAUAGUCAAUCUAAUAAUCAACCUAGUAGUCAAUCUAAUACACAAUCUGAUAAUACUCCACAAAAUAACAAUAACCCUGAUACAUCGUCUAAAUCGUCUGAUACAUCACAAACUAACAAUAAACCUAAUACACCAUCUACAUCAUCCGAUACAUCACAAAAUAACAAUCAACCUGAUACAUCAUCUAAAUCGUCCGAUACAUCACAAAGCAACAAUCAACAAUCCAACUCUAAUUCAAAAGAUACUCCAAUUGAUAUUUCACCAACUGAUUCAACUGAUACCUCAAAUGGCAAAAAUUCAGCCCCAUUAAUUGACGAACCAACCGAUCCACCAACUAACGACAAAUCACAAACUGAUAACACAUCAACCAACCAACAAAACUCACAACCUGACAAAUCACAAUCUGAUAACACAUCAACCAACCAACAAAACUCUCAACCUGACAAAUCCUCUCCGAUAGACACCAGCCCUAGUGGGACAUCAGAUUCUAGUUCGCCAUCAGGAAAUAGUAUACCUUUACCAGACAUACCAGUUCCCAGUUCGUCAUCAGAUUCUAAUUCGCAACCUGACCAACCUGUACGUGCUGUCUCUCAAGCAGCAGAUCCAUCAACUCCCAAUGCGACACCAGAUUCUAGUUCGCAAUCAGGAAAUAGUAUUCCUUUACCAAACAUACCAAUUCCAAGUUCGUCAUCAGAUUCUAAUUCGCAACCUGACCAGCCUGUACGUGCUGUCUCUCAAGCAGCAGAUCCAUCAACUCCCAAUGCGACACCUGAUCCUAAUUCGUCAUCACAACCACAAAACACACCAGCUAUUUCUUUACCAGACAUACCGAUUCCCAGUUCGCAACCAGAUCCUAGUGCGCCACCUGAUCAACCUGUACGUGCUGUCUCUCAAGCACCACAACCACAAGACACACAAAAUCAAAAUAUUCCUAUGCCAAGUCUAGCAAUUCCAAAUCAACCGUCACCAGAUCCUAGUACUCCACCUAACCAACCUGUACGUGCUGUCUCUCAGCCAAAUCAAGUUCAAAAUCCUACACCGGCACCAAAUUCUAAUCCUUCAAAUGUUAUUCCACCUCCACUAAAUCCUACACCGGCUCCAAAUGCUAAUCCUAGUGCGGUGGCACCAAAUGCCAAUCCUAGUGCAGCGCCACCAAACUCACCAAAUCCUACUGCGGCACCUGAUUCUCCACAAGCUGCAUUUGCCACACCAAUUGUGACAGUAGUUCCUGUUAAUAGUAAUUCACCAAAUGGUGCUUCACAAACAAUUACUUUAGUACCUACUAGUGAAGUUUUAACUAGUGUAGUUCCGACAGUUGCAACAAUAUUAAAUAGUAAAUCUAGUUAUCAAUUAACAACAUAUAGUGUAACAAAUCUUAUUACAACUAGUUAUUUGGCUCCUAAACCAAUGGGAUCUUAUACUCCAGAAGGUUCUUCAAUAAGUAAACCUUCUAACACAGGUUCAGGCUUAGAUUUUUCAGAUACUAGUCAUAUUAUUGGACCAAUAUUAGGCGCAAUAACAGCUGCUGUGUCAAUAAUGUUUAUUGCAGCUUUAGUUAUUAUUAGGAGAAAAAAGAGUGCCAAAGAAGGACAUUUUAAACUUGAUGAAUUCGAUUAUGAUGAAUUUGAUGUUAAUAACAUGUUACAAUCACCAGAGAUGGCACAUAUGGAUUCUUAUAAUGAUGCAAUUGAUCCAUAUUAUAAUACCAUUGAUAUUGAAAGUACUAGUAGUAGUAAUGGUGGCUCUGGUGCCGUUGGUAUGUUGAUUGAUGUUCCAACUCCGACUACUCCGACUCCAUCUUAUGAUGGAAGAAGCAGAUUCACUGAAAAGUUCUAA